CUGUCUGGUCUGGUGAGGACAGUCACUUCAUGUUUGGUGGUGUUCAGGAGCGAUUGUAGAAUCACCGAGCCGAUUUGUCCAGAGCCCUGAUUCGUCAGUGUCUAUAUCUUCGGAACAUGGAGAUGUAUCGUACGCCAACCAGUGCAACUUUGUGGAUACGGUUUGCUUGAUGGGAAGACAUGGAUGCUGGAGAUUUUGAGACUUCUCGAGUUCGCAGAAUUGCCACUGCUCCAACCUGUGUUUAUACCCCAUCAAAACUUGAACGCUGGGUUCCUUUUUAUACGUAUCGAUGAUUGCAUACGCGGAAUCAUUACAUCGCGAGAUUCUAGUGUUGGUAUCCCAAAAGGAACAGGUGCUAGCCUUACGUCGUAUACAUACAGGAAGACAGUUCAGUCAAACCAAGGAGUUACCAGGUAUCUAACGGAGUUUACGGUCAUUGAUCAGCCACAACUCCAACGUCAACAACAGUCGGUUUCACUAUUACCCCGAUUCUUAUCCCCACGUACCCCAUACAGGAGUGCAUUAUCCAGGAAGUCGAACAUGUACUCUGUCUUGAGCAAUACUGUGUUUGUGUUGCGAAGCGAUACAUCGCAGCCCACCUUAGUGUUUGGCAACAGCUUGGUAUGGUUUGAUCAACAACACCGAAGUUGCGAGUUAGGUGGUCGGAAAGCUCGCACCCCAGCGUGUAAAGAGACCUCGCAAAAGUAUGUCCCAAUUUUCGAGCCUUUGAUAAUCAGAACCCGGGGCCUCCGGGCGACUGCAGCUGCUGAGUCGGGCGUGCAGUGCACGCAGCCGUACAUGAGGUUCCAAGCCCAGGCAGACCGGUGAGCAUCUGACACAGUGCACACAGCGGCUAAAUAUCAUCGGGGGCAUUACCAAAUGGUAUCUCGGUCGGAUAUGCUGGUUGUUGGCGACGCAUCUAAAUGCUGCAAUCUCAGUCGUGUGGUUUCGUAAACGGAGGUAGGCGGACCUAUGCAAGGGCCUCCAUGC